AUGUCGCGCGCGGCGCAGUUCCUGGCCCAAGAUGCCGACAUUUCGGCUCGUGGUGGCCUCCUGUCGGUCGCCAAGGACGUGGUGACGCACCCGUACUUCAUCGGCGGGGUCGCGAUAUGCUGCAUCCCCGGCAUUUUCGCCCUCGUGAGCGCGGCGUUCCCAUUCCUCGUGGUCUGCGCGGGUUGCGUCUUCGUGGCGAAGAAGCUCAAGGACUGGGGCGUCCUCGUGGGGCUCGAAGAUGUCAGGAAGGAGGUCUACGGGAACAAGAAGAAGGAGGACGCGCCGGCGGCGGACGCCGCGGCCCCGGAGGCCAAGGCGGGCGGCGGGAACGGCAACGCGCCGCUGGUGGGCGGCGCGGCGAUCCUGGCGCAGAUGAAGAAGCAGCGCGCGGACGCGGCGAAGAACCGUCCGAAGGAGGUGUACUUCCUGUACGGUUCGCAGACGGGCACAGCGCAGGAGAUUGCGCGCAACGCGCAGGGCGAGGCCGAGUCGCGCGGGCUGCCGUCGCAGGUGAUGGCGCUGGACGAGCUGGGCUUCGAGAACAUGAGCGCCGAGCGCACGCCGUUCGUGGUGCUCGUGUCGGCGUCGACGGGCGACGGCGACCCCCCCGACAACUGCUCCAAGUUCUGGAUGGCGGUGCGCCGGAAGGACAACCCGGAGGGGGCGUUCAAGGGCGUCAAGUUCACCUCGCUGGGCCUGGGGGACUCGAACUACACGCGCUUCAUGCACGUGCCGCGGGUGCUGUGCGAGAACAUGCGCGCGCUGGGCGCGGGGGAGUUCUUCCCGCCCGGGGAGGCGGACGAGGUGGAGGGGCUGGAGGACGCGGUGGAGGGGUGGCUCGAGAAGCUCUGGCCGGUGCUGGAGAAGGCGAUGAAGGACGGGGGCGGCGCGGGCGCGCGGGCGUCGCAGGAGUCGCGCGGCGCUGCGCGGGCGAGCGCGGAGCUCGCGGGCAAGGUGCUGGGCGCCGAGGGCGACACGACGGCGUGGGUCGCGCCCGAGGGCGUGGACACGGCGGGCGCGCCCGCGGUCGGCCACGCGCGCAUCGGCGUGAAGUACGAGGAGGACGCGGCGGCGGCAGAGCGCGUGCGCGGCGCGGAGGCGCGCUGGCCGGGCGAGGAGACGCACGCGGCGGGGCGCGGGGCGGCGUACAGCGCGUCGGAGCCGUUCUGGGCCGGCGUCGCGGACGCGCGGCUCCUGACGAGCCCGACGUCGGACCGCCGCGUGCUGCACGUGGCGUUCGACAUCAAGGGGUCGGGGAUGGACGCGGCGCCCGGUAGCGCCAUUGCGGUGCACCCGGUCAACUGCAAGGACCUCGUGGACGGGCUGAUCGCGCGGCUGGGGCUGGACGGCGGCGCGGUGAUCUCGCUCACGGACGCGGACGGCAAGCGCGCGGACGGGCACAUGCUCCCGCACAUCCCCGCGCCGUGCACGGUGCGCGCGGCCCUCGCGCGCGGCGUCGACAUCUCGUCCCCGCCGCGCAAGUCCCUCCUGCGGCUCCUCGCGGAGCACUGCGAGGACCCCGCGGAGAAGCGCACGCUGCUCUUCCUGUGCUCCAAGGCCGGGAAGGAGGCCUACAAGAAGCAGACGCAGGGCGACGCGCCGACGCUCCUCGACAUCCUCAACCGGUUCAAGUCGUGCCGGCCGCCGCUGGCGCCGCUGCUGGACCACCUCCCGGCGCUGGCGCCUCGGCAGUACUCGCUGACGAACUCGAGCUGCACGUCCCCCGACCGCGCGGAGGUCGCGAUGUCGGUCGUGUCGUUCCAGAACGCAUACGGCCGGCAGCGCAAGGGCGUGGCCACGACGUGGCUCGACGACCUGUGCGCGCACCUCCUGGGCGGCGGCGCGGCCCCGGCCACCCCGCCCCGCAUCGCGACGCACAUCCGGUCGGGCGGCGCGUUCAGCCCCCCCGAGGACCUGACCAAGCCGUGGAUCAUGGUCGGGCCCGGCACGGGCGUGGCGCCGUUCCGCGGGUUCCUGCAGAAGCGCAGGACGAUGCUGGCGGCCAAGGGCGCGGCUGCGAAGGCGGCGCCGGCGUGGUUGUUCUUCGGGUGCCGCCGCGCGGAGGAGGACUUCCUGUACGAGGAGGACCUGACGUCGUUCAAGGCGGACGGGACCCUGACGCGGCUGGAGGUGGCGUUCAGCCGCGCGCAGAAGGACAAGGUGUACGUGCAGCACCUGAUGGCGAAGCACGCGGCGGAGAUCCACGAGAUGGUGUUCGCGCAGGGCGGGUACGUGUUUGUGUGCGGCGACGGGGCGGGCAUGGCCAAGGACGUGCACGCGACGCUGGUCGCCGCGCGCGCGCAGCACGGCGCGUGCUCCGACGCCGAGGCUGCGGCCGAUCUGCAGCAGCUGACGCAGGCGGGCCGCUACGUGCGGGACAUCUGGUCGUGA